GAAAAAAAUUUGGAUAAGGAUGGCUGAUUUUUUUUCCUUCUUUCUUUCUUCUUUACCUGGCGUGUUCUGUUCUUCUUUUUCUUCCCUUACACCGAACAAAUAAGCCCAGCCAUCGACAGCACCUCCCUUUGAGAAACUGAAAUUUUCGGAUCUGCUCUGCUUUGUUCUUUCCGUCUACUGCUCUUCAUUGUGUGGGUGUGAUUUUUCCAGUUUCUGAUCCCGAAUUUCCCCUUGCACUUCCUGCUGGCCUUCCCCAAACUACAGCUCCGGUUUUUGCUUGCUAAAUUCUGGUUAUUGAUUGUUCUGUCACCCUAGCACUUGGAGUGAAUUUUCUAUGUUAUGUAAGUGAGGUAAUAAGACCCGAGGCACGGUUAACCAGGGGGAGUGACAAGCUAGAUGGCUAGUCAGUAUUUUGGACUUAGAUCCUUUUUAGACUUAGGCCGUUAGCCACACAAGUUUGAUAUAGAUGUGAAUUGAUAAAUCAUUUUUUUUAUACUGAGUUUCCUUGGUUAUAGCCAUGACUAUUUUAUAAACUUUGUACAUCUGGACUAGUAAAUUUUUGGUAAUUAUGAACACCAUAAGUUCCAAACCUUGUGCAUUUGUGGGACUGGUUCAUGAGUGCACGGUGUCUGUUCUGCUCCUGGUUUUGGGGUGUGAUAGAUGGGUCGAUCCAAGUUCUCCAACAAAGGCUGAAAGUAUUUCCCCGGCUAAGCUAGAAGAGCCAGGCAGCGAUGACAAGGUUUCAAGAGCCAGGAACAAUUACAGAACCAUCAAAAAUAAUGAAAAUGAGAUAUACGUUAUGGUAAGAGUAGCAAGGAUAGAAAAUAUAAAGAAUAGCUUUUACAACUUAAGAAGUACAUUUAUAUAAAGUACAUUGUAACAUAAUAAUAAACACAAUAAAUGUACCCUCUAUUAUCCUUGACAAAUGCUCCCACUCUAAAAUGAGUAACCGUCUUGUUGUGGUUAAAGACACAAUAAUCUUCUUCAAGCUUCCACAAACAAAAAGAAUAAACUUGAAAGUAGUGA